AGCAGGGAGCGGACGUCCCGCGAUGCUGGCUCGAUCACAACCGCUAGCAGAAAUGCUUUCGCGGCGUCACUACUUUCGAAUAAUUAGACAAAUCAUCACCAGUCUCAGAUCAUCUAAGAUGAGUUAAUUUAUAUCGAUUUAGUUGAGUUUUAUGUAUUAUUUAUACUUUGUUUCGGAGCUUUGCCGAAGGUCGCGUCCUUUAAUCGAUGAACAAUUAUAAGUGACAGCGUGUGAAUACCCGCGUGUACAGACACUUUUUGAUACAUAUAUAUUUAUAUAAAUAAGUGCCAACGCAUUACCUACAUUAGUAUACAGGGACUAUAUAUUUAUCUAACUGAGAGUACGGUACAUAAAUUGCAUCUUCAUGGAAUAUGGGCAUCUGUUUAGACACUGAACAAAACAAUGAGGAGCAGGACAGAGAGACAGAGAGCUACGGGGGGUCGCGUAGGGGGCGCGAGAGCGCGUGGGGCCGCGCCACGCCGCCCGCCGCCGCCUUCCCCAUGCAGAACUCCAGCCAUGUCAAAUUCGAGCCCCCCACCGUGCCCGUCAUAUUCGUACUUGGAGGGCCUGGCAGUGGCAAGGUGACGCACUGCGACACUCUGGCGCAGGAGAGGCGCGGCCUCGUGCACGUCAACAUGACCGACCUGCUGCAGCAGUACGCCAUCGGGAACGAUAUGCAGGACUUUGGUUCGCUGUCGAGUCGUACUGUGACAGAGGUGCUCAUGCUGGAGAUGAAGAUGGCCCCCGCCGCUGGCGCCUACCUCGUUUCCGGUUACCCGCGCUCUAUGCGCGACCUCGCUGAGUAUACAGACAAGAUCCAGACAGUGAGCGGCGCGGUGGUGGUUAGCUGGCGACAGCGCGUGCUAGAGCGACAGAUCGAAUACGGCGCGCGGCUCGGGCACGUCGUGCUCAGCUUGGCGCGUAUGGAGCUCGCCCACUUUUACAGACACGUGGUGCCCGUUGCCGACUAUUUUGAUCACACCGGCAUGCUUAUUGUGGUGAACGGCGAAAGAAAUCCCGAGGAAGUGUACAAGGAUUUCCGAGCUGCUGUACUGCAGAUCCUGGGCACUGCGGAAGACGAGAACAUUAACGGCGUCAGUGGUGUAGGGGCUCAUGGAAUACCGGGAGAAAUAGUCGGCGUAGAGCCGGCGCCCGUGGGAAUAAGAGGCCGGAGCGUCAGGAGUCACGGUCCUGAUAGCAGCAGGCAAUAUCCUGAAGGGGGCAGGCAAGGCCCCGAUAGCAGGAGUCGCCACGAGCCUGUGGUGGUUGACGAACCUCUACCGGCAGCAGUUCCUGUCGUCUUGCCUGUCAAUGGAAAUGUCGGAAGGAUGGUUAGUCCAAAGGCGAAGGUGAUCCGUGUGCGCGGUGCGGCGACGCGCGCGUGCGUCGUGUGUGUGGUGGGCGGACCCGGCAGCAACAAGGCCGCGCUCUGCCAGCGCGCCGUCGCUCAAGUAAACGGGUGGACACACUACAGCUUAGGCCAACGUCUCCGUUCGCUGGCGGAGUCGGGCGGCGGGGCGGCGUCGGACGGUGCGCUGUGCCGCGCGGCGGUGUCCGGCGGCGAGCUGGUCAACAACGAGCUGGUGGGUCGGCUGGUGCGCGCUGCGAUCAGCGACGCUGCGCGCACUGGACAUGGCCUCGUGUUGGAUGGGUACCCACGGGACUUACAGCAGCUGGAUGUGUUCGAGAAAGAGUUCAAGAUAUCACCUCGCAUGGUGUUGGUGGACUGCUCGAAGCUGCAGCUGGGCCGGGGUCGGCGCGACGAUUCCGUGGCCGCUUUCCGCCGUCGCCUGGAGGUGUUCCGCGAGCUCAGCCUGCCUAUGCUCAAGACUCUUGACCAGCAGCACAGGCUUGUUAUCGUGGACGGUGACACGGAUUCUACAGAAGUACAGGAAGAGUUCACACGAGUACUGCUAGAAGAGAUGGAGAAGGCAGAGGCACUGGCUGCCAUGCCACAGAACAAUCAUGAUACCAUCACACAUCAGCUAGAGGAAACAUCAGUACCCCAUCGUGGCCCGACGCGCACCAAUGGUGUCGCCAACGGCGCGAGUCACGCACACAACGGCGUCCUGCACAACGGCACCAUUGCCAACGGCUUUGGCGCGAUCGCUAAUAAUAAGGUGAAACCGAUUAUAAAUAACGUAAAUCGGAUUCCGACAAUCUCGCAAAUGACACACGACGACGUCAAGAGAUUGUACCAGCAGAAUACUGGAGACGUUUCUCUUGCAAAUCACAUUUGAACAAACGGUGUAAUAAAACUACAAAAAAAA